GGAAAAUAUGCUUACGAAAUUUAAUUAAGACAUGUCCUGGGAAGUAGUUCAUGAGGCGGAGUUGGGAGUGAGACGUGUGUGUGUGUAUAAAGUACGUAUAGGGUGCAGGUGGGCAUAUGAUAAUUAAAUGGGAGGUGGAGGUGUGGAGCAGCAAAAACGGCCUCACGCCGUAAUGAUUCCAUACCCAUACCAAGGCCACGUCACCCCCUUCGUCUACCUCGCCAUCAAACUCGCCUCCACCGCCGGUUUCACCGUGACCUUCGUCAACACCCAGCACGUCCACUCCCAAAUCUCCAAGUCCGGCGGCGGCGGCGGCGACUGGACAUCCGGGCUGGACAUCCGGUACGUCACCGUCUCGGACGGGUUCCCGUUGGGGUUUGACCGGUCGUUGAACCACGACCAGUUCAAGGAGGGCCUUCUCCACGUCUUCUCUGCGCACGUGGAUGAGGUGGUCGGGGACCUGGCCCGCUCCGCCGACCCGCCGGUGACGUGCUUGAUCGCCGACACCUUCUUCACCUGGACGUCCGUGAUCGCCGGCAAGUACGACCUGGUGAAUGUGUCGUUCUGGACGGAGCCGGCCCUGGUUUUGUGUCUCUACUAUCACUUGGACUUGCUCCACAAAAAUGGCCAUUUCGCCGCUGCUCAACAUCAAGAGAGGAAUUGCAAAGGAAAGGACAUGAUAGAGUACAUACCGGGUGUGAAGGCAAUAGAACCAAGGGACCUGAUGUCAUACCUUCAAUCCACUGACACGUCGACGGUGAUGCACCGAAUCAUUUCCAAGGCCUUCGCCGACGUCAAGAAAGCAGACAUCAUCAUCUGCAACACCGUCCAAGAGCUCGAGCCCGACGCUGUGGGUGCCCUCAGCGCAGCCCAGCCCACCUACUCCAUCGGCCCCGUUUUCCCCACAACCCCAAUCACCACCAGCCUCCUCUUCCAGUCCGACUGCUCCCACUGGCUCGACUCCAAACCCCCCGCAUCUGUCCUCUACGUUUCCUUCGGCAGCUACGCCCACACCAGCGAGGCUGACAUCCUAGAGAUCGCCCACGGCCUCAUCCUCAGCGGGGCCCACUUCCUCUGGGUUCUUCGGCCCGACAUCGUCAGCUCCGACCGACCCCUCCC